GUCAAAUCCACCGGAUAGAGUGCCCUCAAGGCAGCCGAUCAUCAACACAUUCAAGGCAUGGAGUCUAAAUAUUUACAUCUGUUCAGUUUUCUCUUAUUGAUUAUCACUGUUUCAGAGAUAUGUGCAGCACAAAACGACAUCACUUUAUCAGUGUUUACCGUCACUUCUAAAAGUAUGACGGUGCGCUGGAGUGGACAUACUGGCGCAAGCUCGUACAAAAUCACAGCGACCCCGAAAAACUCGCCCGAACCGUCUGUGUUCGCACAGUUCAGCGGCAGCACGGUGAUGGGUUCUGUUAACUCUCUGUCACCGAACACCGUGUACAGGAUGCGGGUCGAGGCCAUGGACAACGCGGUGAAUGUGCUCAGCAGCGCCGAAACGGAGGAGACAACAGCACCGGAGGUUCCCUUCAUAGAGCAGGCUUACUCGAAACACAGUGACAGCAUCACAGUGGAGUUCGGCCAAGUGUAUGGUGCCACCGGCUACAUCCUCCGGGCGGAGAAUGAGGACGGAUUCUUUUCUGAAACUGUGGUGGCAUCUUCCCCCGGGACAGUGAUCAACUUGCAGCCCUACACCCAAUACACCCUAAGCGUGAUGUCUGUCAACAGCGGGGGCAGGAGUCAACCCUCACUCCCACUGAGUGCUAAGACAGUGAUGGUGGCCCCAGAGCUGAGUUCCUUCUCUCCCAGUAGUGACACCAUCGUGGUAAGCUGGAAUCCAGUGGACCAUGCAGUGUUGUACACUCUGUGUGUGAUCAUGGAGGGAUCAGAUACUCGGGUCAAACUCAACACGUCUCAGACCAACAUAACGUUUGAUGCCCUUGAGCCUGGUACCACUUACUGCAUCAAGGGCAAUGCCUGGGAUCCCGAUGGUAACCAAGGAGAUGACAUCACCAUCUACCAAAUCACACGACCCCCUGUCCCCAGGGAGGUGCAGGUACUGUUGACACCGGGUCGCUCUAUUGGUCUGGAGGUUUAUUGGCAGUUGGUCCAUGGUGCCGAUUCGUACUUUGCUGUGAGCUCAACUGGUCAGAACUGCAGCUCCUCAGAUGGCUUCUGCAUCAUCAGUCCCCACAGCUGCAGUCAGAACAACACCAUCACCGUCACAGCAUCGAACCAAGCUGGGCCCAGUGACCCGUCAACCCCAGAGGACUUUCUCACUUUCCCUUGUCCUCCUGAGCUGGUGUGGGUUGAGGAGCCGAGCGCAGGGAACUGUUCCGUCAUCUGGUCUGAGGUUUUGUGGGUGGAUUACUACAUUGCCUACAUGAAAAGAGAUGAUGGUUUAGAAGAACACUGCAACACCACUGGCACGGCUUGCAAUUACGAAUGCACAUGUGGAUACACAUACCUUACAACUGUAUUCGCUUACAACCAGGCCGGGUCAAGCCCACCGGGUCAAAUAGUCAACUAUACAACAAUCCCAUGCUGUCCAGAGGAUGUGUCCGUGUCCCUGAUAUCCACAGAGACGUUAGAGAUCUCGUGGUCAGCGGUUCGAGGAGCUGAGUUAUAUGAAACGAUUGCUGCAGAUGGGACUGAACUGAUCCACUGCAAUGACACGGCCCCAGUGUGUGCGCUCUCUGAUCUCACCUGUGACAGCCUAUACAGUGUAGUGGUGCGGCCAUGCAGUGAAAUACAAGGAUGCAAUUACACCUGCAGACCACACACACGCCGGACAGCUCCCUGUACCCCUGAGAUACUGAACGUGACUCAAGUGAGCUCUUCAAUAGUGCAGGUUUUCUGGACAGCUGCAAAAACCCAGACUAACUACAGCGUGAUCGCCACAGGUCACACCGACUUGCUUUCUUGCUCAUCCAGUGGCACUUCUUGUUACAUCAGCAAUGUGCCCUGUGGAUCCACAUAUGAGAUCAGCGCCUACGCCAUCACAGAGGCAGGACAGAGCCUGCCCAGCUAUACCAUUCCCCUGGAAACAGGACCCUGUUGUCCUGACACUCUAACAGUGGAACAGGUGACCCAAGCCAUGACGAAUGUGACUUGGUCACACGCUCCGGGGGCACGGUCCUAUGUCACCUCCCUGACAUCACUCAAAGGUCACGCCAAAUGCCACACCAUGGACACCCACUGCCUUAUGGGAUGCAUCACAUGUGGCACCAACUACAGUGUGUCCCUGGAGGCCAUCAGCAUCACUGGCCACAAAACACUGUGCAAUUACCAUGGUUUCUCCUCAAGCGCGUGUUGUCCAUCCAGUGUGAAACUAUACCGGAUGGAAAACAGCACACUGCGGGUGUACUGGCGCUCUUCCCCUGGCCUGUAUAACUACACUGCUGACCUGUACGGUACCAGAUCCAACUAUACCUGCAAUGCGGCACAAGGGUCCAAUGCAUGUGACGUGUCUGAGAUACUGUGUGGGGAAGUGUACACUGUCGUGGUCGCUCCCUUAAUACAGGAUGGUUCGAAAGUCACAUUCUGCCCUAGAAGACUCUACUCAGUUGCCUGUUCCGGAAACACUGUGGGAAUGGUGAUCUAUCGAGGGCGGAGGAGUGUGGACUAGAACCCUAAUGACACAGCUGAAAGAAUAUGGAACAUCAACUGACACAGGAGGACAUUCACUACUCAACAUGAAGACCCAUCUUGCCCCAUAUUCUGUUUGCCAGAAAUAGCAAUAAUGAUUCGCUCAAUGAAAAUUGUAUAUUUUAAAAAAUGAUACAAAAAUAUACAUAUAUUUUUAAUCAUAUUGUUAACACUUUAAAAUGUGUCAUGUUUUUUUUUUUUUUGUAUUUACAUAUACACUUUCUUUUUUGGGGGAUGUUUUGAUUUUAUACUAUCAUUUUCUAUUAUUCAUUGCAUGCCAUCAGUACCAAAGUUUUAUAUGUCCAGAAAAGUCAGUAAGGUUUGUUUGUUCAAUGAAGUUAUGUGACAUAUUCUGAAUGAUUGAUACUACAAGUUUAAAAGUUCUAUGCAAAAUUAUAUAAUGAUUCCAACAACACUAAGUAUUUGUAGAAAUUCCUCUAAGCAGAAAGCCUCCAAAGAACUGAACCAGUCUCAUGUACAUGGUGGACCUCUACUAAAGAAGGUUACAGAGAAAUUCGAACAGCACAAGUUUCAGGAUUCACCCCAGGUCAUACAUGUCCUUUGGAUGAUACAUUGCAUUGAAUCUGCCUAAUGUGUUUGUUCACUGAUGGCCUAAAGUCUAAACAGGCUGCUAAAUACAAUAGUAGUGUCUAGCACUCUGAAUAAACAAUCUAAAGCAUGAAGUA